GUUGGCUAAAGGUCAUUAGCAAACGACGUCGUUUCGUUCCACAGUUUCCUUUUCUGCAUCUUCUUCACUGUUUAACGUUUCUCCGUCAUGUCUUAAACCUUUUUGUCUUCAGUCUUUUAUAUGUCUGGUCGCUCUUUCAACUGUCCACUUUAAUUCUUCACGCCAAUCGGAAAAAAUAAAAAGAAAAGAAAGAGAAUCUCAAGAUCUUAGUUUCAAAGUGCUGAAAAACAUUAUUUCUUAGGGAAAAAAGUGAACUCCGGUAAUGUCUACUGGGCUUCCCGGAGUGCCGUCGGGUCCGCCAUUGCCGUUUCCUCCGGCGGAUAAUGCAACUACUCCAACAUCUCCAGACCUUGCUAAUCAACCUUCUCCGGCGACCUCGAUAAUUCCGCCGCCCUCAUCGGUUAAUGGAAGCUCUCCAAUGGGUGUUCCGUCGAAAGGGUCGUCGAACAAUACUACUUUAGUAGCACUUGGAGUUGGAAUUGGGAUUGGAGGAGCGCUUGUGCUUAUAUGUGUGGGCAUUUUUGCCCUUUGGUAUAAGAGGAGGAAAAGGCGUCUCGGGUUAAAUGAUUUUGGUCAUGCUUCUUCUUCACAAGGUCCCAAAGAUAAUUUGUUUGGAGGUCAACAUCAUCACUGGCAACAAAAUGCUCCUCCCUCCGAAGAAAACAUGGUGAGGAUUCCACUAAAUUCCUCCCCUCCACCAGCCGUUACAUCAGAUUUACAAGUAUCUUCAGUAGAUGGAUGUACUCCUCCACUGCCACCUUCCACUGGUAGUAACUUGAGUUCUGACAAACCUUUUCUACAAACAACUGCUGAUUCCAACUUGAGUUUCUCGAGAACUACAUUCACCUAUCAAGAAUUAGCAUUUGCUACCGAUAAUUUCUCUGUUUCCAACCUCCUUGGUCAAGGUGGUUUUGGAUAUGUAUACAAGGGAGUAUUCCGUGAUGGGAAGGAGGUUGCAAUUAAGCAACUAAAAGCUGGAAGUGGGCAGGGGGAGCGUGAAUUUCAAGCAGAAGUGGAGAUUAUUAGUCAUGUUCAUCACAAGCAUCUUGUUUCAUUGGUUGGACACUGCAUUUCAGGUGUGCAGAGGUUGUUAGUUUAUGAGUUUGUCCCAAACAAAACCUUGGAGUUCCACUUGCAUGGAAAGGAGCAUCCCCCACUGAGCUGGGAAACUAGAAUGAGAAUUACUUUAUGCUCUGCAAGAGGAUUGGCAUAUCUGCACGAAGAGUGUCAUCCCAAGAUCAUACAUCGCGAUAUCAAGGCCUCCAAUAUUCUUCUCGAUGACAAUUUUGAUGCAAAGGUUGCUGAUUUUGGGCUUGCGAGGUUGAAUUAUGACACAGAUACCCACGUCUCCACACGAGUAAUGGGAACUUUUGGGUACUUAGCUCCUGAGUUUGCUCUUACUGGGAAACUGACUGAAAAGUCUGAUGUCUUCUCUUUUGGAGUCAUGCUUUUGGAGAUUAUAACUGGAAGACGGCCAAUUGAUAAAGCUCAACACUACCUCGACGAUAACAUUGUUGACUGGGCGAGGCCUUUGCUUACCCAGGCUCUGGAUGAUGGCAAUUUUGAUACUCUGGCUGAUCCAAGAUUGGACCAGAAUUAUGACUCUACUGAGAUGACCAGAAUGGUCACUUGUGCUGCUGUGUGUGUGCGCCAUCUGGCACGUCGCAGGCCUCGUAUGAGUCAGGUUGUCAGAGCUUUAGAAGGAAAUUUGCCGCUGGAUGAGUUAAAUGAAGGACUUAGACCUGGACAUAGUGGUAUACAUGAAUCUUACGGAAGCUCGGAUUUCGACGCUGCUCAGUACAAAGAAGACCUUAAGAAAUUUAGAAAGAUGGCACUAGAAAGCCAGGCACAGAAUUCUAGUGAAUGCAGUGGGCCUACCAGCGAAUUUGGCCCCCAUCCUUCCGGUUCAAGUAGUGAAGGCCUAAGAACAACUCAAGGUACACGCUCUAGUGUUGAAGGUCGUCGAGACAUUAGAAUAGACUAGAAGGCAGCUAGGAAGCAGAAAAGAGUGUUUUUUUUCGAACAGAAGCAAUGUAAUUAACUCUUUUCAGAAAUUGUUGGAUUUGGUAGCGUGUUUAGAGAAUUGUUGAAUUUGGCAUACCUUUCAUAUGCCACUGCUCUAUGUAAUUAUCAAUUGAUAUAGGUGCUGUUGCAGAUUUUGUACUGUUCCCAUAACCAGUUCCUCAAAAGUUAUAUGUAAAGAAAGGAUUAUCAAAAACAAUGUUAGAAGCCAUGAAAUUGGCUGUGAUUUUUUUAUCCUUGAAA